GCUCUACAGUCUUUGUAACGACAAGCGCUCGAACAGUCUUCGAUUUGCACGCGUCUAACAAACAACGUUCGUCUUUAGUGCGUUUCUACUACGAAUUUCUUGAAAUAUAUGCAGCGUCGCGCGUUUACGCAGCUCGUCCGCUAUACGCAAGUCUACACAAUCCGGUAUACCGUUGGCACUUUGCAUUGCCCGCCCCUUUAAAUUCGAGUUUGCUGCUGCUGCAGUCAAAUGUAAAUAAAACUUGAAUUGUACGGUUGUGCUGCCCGCGCAUAUAAAAUAAAAGCAAAGAAAAACCUUUGAAAGGGUAGAAAAUACAAAAAAAUAAAACGACAACAACAACAACAAAGUGGAAGUUGAAGUGGUUUAAGUGGUCAGUUGGUUGGCGAUUUCGCGUUUCGAAACACCUUUGCGUCAAAGCUUUGCAUUUGGAUUUGGAUACGUCGACAUACAAGUAUUUACAACAACAGCAAAAGGUUAUAGAAAAGCAAUGACAUAAUGGAACCGAUGACCGCAUUGGUUUUGGCCUUCCAACUGUUGGCACUAUUCUCCAUCGCCGGCGCGCUGCUCAUCUAUCUGAUAUGCAAGGUACGCGACGACACUGCCGAGGUGGCCGAGUCCCAACCGGGCACAGUGCUCGUGACCAGCGCUGACACCGCGCUCGGCCUACAGCUUUGCACGCAUCUGGCCAACAAGGGCUGUCGCGUAUUCGCCGGCAUGCGCGAUGCGCAAGACUCAUUGCCCGCCAAACUGCUCAAUGGUUGGCUGAAGAUGCGCGAGUAUAACGAGGAGCCAGUGCGCGGCGCCAUCAUACCCAUGCAGCUGGAUGUGACGCGCGAAGAUGUGCUGCGCGAAACCACCAGCGCGAUGGGCGCGCACAUGAACGCGGGCGAGCGCGGCAUAGCGGCGGUGAUCAAUACGAGCGGCAGCCUCUUUCGCGGACGCGUCGAAGUGCAGGAGGCGCAACAAUGGGAGCAUAUGCUGAAAACGAAUAUAUUGGGCUCGUUGCGCGUGGCCAAAGCGUUUGUGGGCUUCUUGCGCCCGACUAGGGGGCGACUCAUCUAUUUGGGCGCCGGCGCCGGUCAGGGUAGCAGUGACGGUUUGGUGGCAUUCAAUGCAUCGCGCGCCGCUGUGGAGAAGUGUGUGGACGAGCUGCGCAAAGAGUUGCAACCGUAUGGUGUGAGAGUGGUAGCGCUGGACACAACCGGCUUAACAGCAGAGGCGCUGUACAAGGCGCCGGUGCCGCACACCGACACGGAGAGUGAGGGCGCGCCGACACAGUAUACAGCGGAUGUGCUGAGCGCGAAUGCCUUGCAGGUGAUUGAGCGCGCCUUGUGGGAUGUGGUGCCGCUGGAACGCUACCAACUGGUGCAAAAUAGUAAAUUGAAUUUCAUGUUGCCAUGUCGUUCAUCCUUGCGUAUGACGAAAUUGGGUGCAGGUGCCAGCCGCGGCGUGCAGCGGGUUUGAGGGACGAGGCACAAAAUAAACAACGGUUGUUACGUGAGCUGAAAGCACAAUGCGGGAAGCAUGAAGGAAAGAUAUGCCAGCGCGUAUUGGAUAACAAUAUUUGGGGACACUCCAAACAUUUGUUUUGAACAAAUAUACAAUUUUAUAUAAUUUUUCGAUUUAAGAAAAUGCAAAGUUUACAUGGAAACUGCGGUAAAAUUUUUUUCAACAAAAAAUAUUGCACAAAAUUUUACACUUUUUUUCAGAGUUGAAUGAAAAACCAAUUAACAGCUAGUUAUUCUCAAAUUAGUAAGAAUAAUUUGAGGUUAUGUUGGUUGUACGUGAGAAAUUUACAAAACGAUGUACGCUAGGUCUACCAUAGCACUUCCCAUGUAAACUGUCGUUUUAUAUUUUUAUUAAUAUAUAAUAUACAUAUAUAUAGUUAUACAUACGUAUGUAAAGUGCAACUUUGCUUUGUAAAUAAUGAAACUUAUAAUUAUAUAUUUUGCUGCAUAUUUUAUUUUAUUAUUAUUUGUUACUAAAAAAUAAAAUCGGCUGCCAAAAUUA